GCCGGCAUAGCUAGUGGUAAAGGCUUCUGGACAUUUUAGCCCAAGAACACCUGAGGUCCCAAGGUUGGAAACCACUCCUCCAAUGGGGACCAAGAUCUUCUGCAUGUAAAGUAUGAGUACAGCCACUGAGCUAUUGCCCGUAUUAUCUGGGGUGCUCCAGAGAUGGAUCACUGUAAAAAUAUUUGCCAACUGUUGCAAAUUUCUUCCUUAAUGGAGCAACAGGGACAAUAAACUGAAGGUGUGAAAAAGCUGUUCAUUAAAAGCACAGCAUUUGCUUACCUCCAGGUUUUCGGAGCUGCUUCUCUGCUAUUCAUCCCUCUUACUGCUUGGGACAGAGCUAAUUGAGCUGCUACAGUCAUCCCUGUGCUCAGCAGACCGAUGCACUCAGCUACAAAUACCUGUCAUAAGCAAAAGGCACGGGUAGUUUUGAAAAAAUGCUUUGUUGGGCUGAUUUCCUUACAAACCCAGAUUCCUUGACUGUGCAGCUCGCCCUUUUGAGCAAUCAAGGAGAGUUAUUAUCCAGCCCAGACCCUUGCGGCCUUGAGAUCCAGAUGUUGCAACAUUUUUAUUUUCAGGCAGAGCCGAGAUACUGUAAGUAGGACACAAAUGCCCAUUUUUCAAACUCAUCAGCCAGUGGGGUUUGGUGAUGCUGGAUUCACAGAGUGGCAAAUUCCCUUUGGGUUUUGAUCCGAACUUUAAAGAAGAUAUCCAAGGGGCUGAGCUUUGAGAAGAAGGUUCAGAACCUCAGAUUCACAGUCUUAUUGACUUUAGAGUCAGCAGCCUUGGAUGGCGGGGAGCCUAACCUCAGCCUCCAGUUCCUACUGCUCUGUUGGAUGACAAGUAACCAUCCAGUGGCAUCAUUUGAUGUUUAUAAAGGAGCUCAAUGAAACACCUACUCAUCAGGGCAGGAGCCAAUAAAUGUAUUGAGAGAUGGAUGCUUCCCCCACCCACCCACCUUGUCACUCUGAUGCUAUGAUAAAUGUUAACCAUCAAUUACUCCAGUAUGGACAGCCAAGAAGGGGAGCGAAGAGUGGUCAUAGCAGAAAAUCAAUUGGUGAAUGGAAUAACAGCGAAAUGCGUUUUGAAUCAUAGAGAUGGGGGCAGAGUUGGGAGGGGUUGUUGCCUUGUAUUCCGAAGCGCGAUUCCCUAAUUAAGCUAAUUUGUUUGGUUUUGGAUUAGGAAGCGCCUCCGGGGAAAUAUCACCGGUGUAUGCAGCAGUGCUGGAACAUCCUGAUGGGAAACUUGUCUUCAAGGGCCGGGAAGAACAGGGAGAGGGAGAGAGAAGAAGAGGAAGGAAGGAAGGAAGGAAGGUCCUUUCUCCCCUCAACAAGCCAGGAAAAAAGAGAGAAAAAGAAAGAGGGAGGAGAAGGUGACCGGGUCCUACCAGGAAGCUGGUGAGAAGAGGAGGCUGGAGAAGAGACGCGAGCGCCGUGGUGCUGAAACGGACAGCUCCCUCCGCCAGCCUGCGCUUGGGUUUCCCGGCUCUCCGCUCCCUCUCUUUCUUUCGACCCAAGGAGAAAGGAGGUGUGGGGUGGGAAGCUGAGGAGACCUCCUCUUCCUCCUCCUUCUCCCCCCACCGGCACCCCCACCUUCCGCAGGCAGGUGCUGCUGCCUUAGAUGCUGCGUCGGCUCCCAAGGCACCGGCGGCCAUGCCUUGAUGCCCCACCGAGGCAGCGGCUUCCAUGGCGGUGGCAAGGAAGAUCAAAACUUUGCUGACCGUCAACAUCUUGGUCUUUGUGGGCAUCAUCCUCUUCUCGGUCUACUGCCGGAUCCAGGACCGUUCGCAGGAGCUGGUGCAGAUUGUCCGGAGCGCCGACCGACGGAUCCGGAGCCGGAACCCCAAGGCGGGGACUCUGCUGGACAGGGAGUCCAUCCUUCAACGUCUGGACCAUCUGGAGGAAGUUGUGUAUAACCAACUCAAUGGUCUAGCCAAACCGAUGGGAUUGGUUGAAGGUCCUGGAGGAUUGGGGCAAGGCGGAAUGGCUGCCACCCUGAGAGAUGACAGCCAUGAAUCUGAAACCAAAUAUGAAGAAUAUGGAUAUAACGCCCAGCUAAGUGAUAGGAUUUCACUUGACAGAUCUAUUCCUGACUACAGGCCCAAAAAGUGCAAACAGAUGUCCUAUCCCGAUGACCUCCCCCAGAUCGCGGUGGUCUUUAUUUUUGUGAAUGAGGCUUUGUCUGUCAUCUUACGCUCCGUACACAGUGUCGUGAAUCAAACUCCAUCCCAUCUGCUCAAGGAGAUUAUCCUGGUGGAUGACAACAGUGACAAUGUUGAGCUGAAGUUUAAUUUGGACCAGUAUGUUCAUAAGAGAUACCCGGGGCUGGUGAAAAUAGUUCGCAAUAACAAACGGGAAGGUCUGAUCCGAGCCAGAAUCCAAGGUUGGAAAGCAGCGACAGCGCCAGUAGUUGGGUUUUUUGACGCUCAUGUGGAGUUCAACAAUGGCUGGGUGGAGCCAGCGCUUACACGGAUCAAAGAGGACAGGAGACGAAUCAUCCUGCCGGCCAUUGAUAACAUCAAGUACAACACUUUUGAAGUACAGCAGUACGCCAAUGCGGCUCAUGGCUACAACUGGGGCCUUUGGUGCAUGUAUAUCAUCCCACCUCAAGACUGGCUGGACAAGGGAGACGAGUCGGCUCCCAUCAGGACCCCAGCAAUGAUUGGUUGUUCCUUUGUGGUGGACAGAGAAUAUUUCGGCGAGAUUGGCCUACUUGACCCUGGAAUGGAGGUUUACGGGGGAGAAAACAUUGAACUUGGGAUGAGGGUCUGGCAAUGUGGAGGAAGUAUGGAGGUGCUGCCGUGCUCCCGGGUGGCCCACAUCGAGCGCACAAAGAAGCCGUACAACAAUGACAUCGAUUACUACGCAAAGCGCAAUGCUUUGCGAGCGGCGGAAGUCUGGAUGGAUGACUUCAAGUCACAUGUGUACAUGGCAUGGAACAUACCAAUGACGAACCCCGGCGUUGACUUUGGAGAUGUUUCGGAACGAGUAGCUUUACGACAACGUCUCCAGUGCCGGAGUUUUAAGUGGUAUUUAGAGCACGUCUAUCCGGAAAUGAGGAUCUACAAUGAUACCAUCACCUACGGAGAGGUGCGCAACAGCAAAGCCAGUGGCUACUGCUUAGACCAGGGCGUAGAAGAUGAUGACAAAGCUAUUCUUUAUCCAUGCCAUGGAAUGUCUUCCCAGCUUGUUCGUUACAGCUCGGAAGGACUCCUCCAGUUGGGCCCAUUGGGAUCGACAGCAUUUCUGCCAGACUCCAAAUGCCUCAUUGAUGAUGGGAAAGGAAGGACACCGACCCUGAAGAAAUGUGAAGAUAUUCUGAGGCCAGCCCAACGGCUGUGGGAUUUCACACAGAAUGGUCCGAUCAUCAGCCGAGACACAGGUCGGUGUCUAGAAGUAGAAAUGUCCAAGGAAGCCAAUUUUGGUCUCAGAUUAGUAGUACAAAGAUGCUCGGGGCAGAAAUGGAUGAUCAGAAACUGGAUAAAGCAUGGCCGGCAUUGAUAGGAAGCCGAGAAGAAGAUGCUGCUGCUUCCAGUACCUUUUGGCCCGUAACUGGGGAUCCCUCCAAGAGAUGUAGUUUAGAGAGGACUACUGUAAUAAGAAGAUAGUUAAUAAGAGAAGAAGAUGAUCAGGUUGUGAAUUAUUGGGCGCAGUUGUUUUCUUAAUGGAACAAUGGAGACUGACAUCUAAGUUGAGGCCAUGAAGGUGUUAAACGUGAGUCUGGGCUGUACCAUUUCGGAUGAGAAGGCGAGAGCCACAUGAUCAGCUAUUUCUUCUUUCAAAAUAUCCCUGCAUAUAGAAAGCUAAACAUUGUCCUAAGAGACCAUCCUUGAGAUGCUAGUUUUCUAGGUUGGGGGAAUUGUUUGCCCUCCUCCAGAAGAGCAUUCUGUCAUGCGAGUGUCUGCCGGCAGCCUGAAAUGACCCAGGCCGGUUCUAGGCUUAUCACCUCAGUCAAAACCACAGCCUAAAUGAUUCUCCUUGACUCAUCGGGGUGGCCUGAGAAAGGCUCGUGCAAGCUUUCUGACACGCCGGGACGCAUCAUGAAAAGACAACAAGAAGAGUCUGCUCAGAAACUAGACUCGGCUCUCCCAGAGAAAAGAGAAAAGCAGCAAUAUUUUGCCAUUGGUUUCGCUGGAGUGAUGCUCUCUGACGUUGUUGAAAAUGUGGUGGAAGGAUUUGUUAGCUUUAAGUUGCCGACUGAUGCACAAAUCCUGUGGUGAACAGAACCAUGUGCCUUUUCUACCGUACUUCCUAUCCGAGUGGACUGGGAAAUGCCAUCAUUCAGCAUGUCUGACUCACUAGUCUAAACAACAAUAACGAUGACAACAAAGUACCCUGUAAAUAAAUUACACUUAAAAAAC